AUGAGCGAAGAAAGAAUUAUAGAAGAAAUGGAGAAAGGUCCCCGGUUUGGCAUUCGUCAUGUCCAAACUUUAUUGCUCUUCCUCAACAUAGUGGCUGUUUCUGUAAGUCGUCUGAACAUCUCCGUCGCUGUGGUGGCGAUGACAAAUGCCGCCAGUACAAAUCCCAAUUUUCCGGAAUUCGAUUGGUCAGAACAACAAAAAUCAUACAUCAUUUCCAGCUUCUAUUGGGGUUAUGUGGUAACGCAGUUUCCAGGUGGCUAUCUGAGUCGUCGCUUUGGCGUAAAAAUUGUGAUGUUCGUGGGCGUUCUUGGUUCGGCGCUGCUCAGCUUACUCACACCUUUUCUUGUGAUUCGCGGAGGCUGGCUUGUAUUCUGCGCUAUACGCAUCAUGCAGGGUCUUUGCCAAGCCGCGCUCUUUCCCGCUAUUCAUGAGCAUAUAGCCAAGUGGUCACCGCCACAAGAACGCAAUAUGCUCGGUGCACUCACAUAUACGGGCGUAGAUUGCGGCACUGUGUUGGCUAUGCUUGUGAGUGGUUUGAUAGCGGGUAGCUCAAUUGGUUGGCCAGGCAUUUCAUAUAUUUCAGCAGGUGUUUGUGUUGUUUGGUGUUUACUGUGGCUGAUACUGGCGGCAGAUAAUCCACCAUCGUCUCGUUUCAUAACAAAGAUGGAAUGCCAAUACAUUGAGAUGUCGCUGAAGCGUGAAGAAGAUUUCCAUGAGAAGAAAAUACCUAUACCGUGGCUUGCAAUGUUCACAUCGGUGCCAUUCCUUGCUUUGCUCAUGGUACGUUGUGCCGAAACAUGGGGAUUCAGCACGAUUCAAACCCAAAUUCCUUCUUAUAUGAAUGGUGUGUUCAAUAUGAACAUCAAAAGUAAUGCUUUGUAUUCUGCGCUACCCUACAUCGCUCGCUGGGUUAUGUCGUACGUAUAUCUGUUUUGCGGAAAUAUGGCUGUGGCGAAGGGUUGGCUGACGCUGACGGUAGUGCGUAAGAUAGCGAAUACAAUGGCAUUGUGGCUGCCAGCUUUUCUUAUGAUCGGCAUAGGAUUUCUGGGCGAAGCAAACGAGUCAUUGGCUAUUGCGUUAAUGACUUUGAAUGUGGGUUUCAACGGUGGUAUUACCAUGGGAUGUGUGCUCAGUACGAUUGAUAUGUCACCAAAUCAUGCUGGUGUUGUUAUGGGUAUUGUAAAUACAUUAGCGAAUGUCGUAUCUCUGAUUACACCACUUGUUGUGGGCGUUAUAGUGACAGAUGUGCACAAUCGCUAUAAGUGGCAAAUUGUGUUUAUAAUUGCUGCGUGCAUUUUCUUCUUCGGCAAUUUGAUAUUCAUAAUUUUCGGUUCAGCCGAAGCGCAACCAUGGGAUGCACCUGACUAUCUGUUAAAGGACAAUAUUGAAGAACCAACAAGAAUUGCAUCGAGGCGUACGUGCAAGGAAAAUUUUGACACUGAAGGCGCUGAGAAGUCCCAGGAAUGGGCGAUAGAGAGUUUUAGAAGUGCGAGGCCAAAAAUAAGUGGCCAUGGAGGCAAAAACGAUGCGAGAACGAGAGAAAAUAAUGAGUAG